GAAGGGUAACUAAAUAGAACCGUGGCCGUCAGAAGGAGUUUAGAUUCAGAUAGUGUGGGCUUCCAUCGGCGGUAGUUAUAGAAUAGUAUAGCAUAGCCUAACUUCUCCAUUGAAGACGCUAGAGUCCCGACUUGCAGGUUGUGCACGUAUACUUUGAUUUGAAUCGAAUGCAUUGACUGCAAUACUCCGUGCUUCAGAGCGAAGAAGUUACAGUGACAGAGCGUGUUCAAGUUAUUUCAAGAGCACUUUUGGGAUAUAUCAACCCGGCUGCUUUGAAUUUGGGUCGAAUCAGCGAGCAAUCAUGUUGUGGAAACUAGCUGAUAACGUCAAAUACGAAGAUGACUGCGAGGAACGGCACGACGGCAGCAGCAAUGGGAACACCCGGCUUCCACACUUGUCAGCGGUGAGCCAGCACCUCUACAGCCCGGCUCCCCCGCUCUCUCACCCGGGCAGCUCGGAUUUCCAGCCCCCUUACUUUCCUCCACCAUACCAGCCGCUUUCAUACGCCCAAUCCAGCGAUCCCUUUUCCCACUUGGGAGACCCGUUUUCCAUCAAUUCUCUCCACCAAUCGGGUCCACCAGUGCCUAAUCAGCAGCAAGGAUGGCCCAGCAGACAGAACCAAGACCACUCGGGGAUUGGACGCUCCGGUCUGGCCAGCCAGAUACUCGGACUGGAGUCGGGCUCCAUCAGCGGCAGAAGAGAAGCAUUCCGCCGGCCGGAACUUCUACUGCCCCACGGUCACCAGAUCGAUUCGGGGGUCAUCGGAGAGAGCAUGGGACUGCAUGACAUUGGGCAAAGCAUGGACGACGUGCAGCAUGUGGAUGAUAGCAGCAUCGUGAUGGCAGACCAGACAGUAAUUAAAAAAGUAUUAGGAAUAAGAAGUGGCACGAGUCAGGAUCGUAUUCGGAGGAGUUAUUUUGGGAGUGGCUUUCUUGCUGGUGAGGAUGAAGGCCCGGUGAAUCAUUCGAAGGGGAAUGCCCUGGUGAACCCCUAUCAGAAGGAGGGCUUGCUGGGGAUGGUAUCGAACCCCACUGAGGUGUUCUGCUCUGUACCUGGCCGUCUUUCCCUGCUCAGCUCCACCUCCAAGUACAAGGUGACGGUGUCCGAGGUGCAGCGCCGCCUGUCCCCCCCAGAGUGUCUCAACGCCUCCCUGCUGGGAGGGGUUCUGCGCAGAGCGAAAUCCAAAAACGGGGGCCGCUCCUUGCGGGAAAAGCUGGAUAAAAUCGGUCUGAACCUCCCUGCCGGCAGACGAAAGGCAGCAAACGUCACGUUGCUGACAGCACUGGUAGAAGGUGAGGCUGUGCACCUGGCCCGUGACUUCGGUUACGUCUGCGAGACGGAGUUCCCUGCCAAGGCCAUGGCCGAGUACCUGGGCCGGCCGCAUGUGGAACGCAAUGAGGCCAACAGCCGCAAGAACAUGCUGCUCGCCGCAAAGCAAAUCUGCAAAGAGUUCACAGAGGUGCUGACCCAAGACCGAUCUCCGCUGGGGAACUCCCGGCCCGCGCCCAUCCUGGAGCCUGGGAUCCAGGGCUGCCUGACUCACUUCAGCCUCAUCACACACGGGUUUGGAGGCCCCGCAAUCUGCGCUGCCAUGACCUCCCUGCAGAACUACCUGAACGAGGCGCUCAAGCAGGUGGACAAAAUGUACCUGAGCUCCGGGAGCGAGCAGCAGGGCUCCUCGGACGGCAGCAAAUCUGUAGAGAAGAUGGACAAGCACCGGAAGUGAGCAUCCCGAGGACGGGGGGAGGGAGGGGGUUACGCCUUCAUAUUUCCCACGUCCCAAUUUUUUAAAAAUAUAUUUUAAUAUUUUUUACAUGUAUGCCUCUUAACCUGCAACUUUUCUCCUAAGCCCACUUUUUUUUUUUUUUUUUUUUUGAUAACUUUUACACCCAGCUUCCCUUUCCGACCUCCCCCGACAGUGCUUUUGCCAUUACUGUUUUUUAUUUGUGUUUUUUGAAAGAGGUGGUCUUACCUGCUGGGAAUGAGUAAGAGGUCCUACAGAGGUGCAGCGAUACCAUUUUUUUUUUUUGAUCGGAGAGGAUCGGCACGCUGCUUGAAGGAACAGGAGGAUUCAGCAGCAGCCUGUGGCUGUCCUGCUUUGUGUGAGAACACUUUGCUAGAGGACGCAGCUGCCGCUGGACACUGGGCUGAAUACACACAACUAGCACGCAGUCUGGACAGUCCAUGCCAUUUUUACUGCAGUGGACAUUGUACGAAGGCAGCCGCUGGUGCUUUUUAUCACAGUUGGCAAACAAUCAUGGGAAAUCUAUAUUGCUGCAUGUUUCCACCAGCUUUGUCUUCACUCUCUAACUGACCAAUCUGUUCAUGUUGACUGGCCACUCCUUUCGCGUGACUGAUCUGUUUUUUGCCUGAAAGCCGCGUUCUUUCUCUUUCCCUUUUCCGAACGGACAGUGCGCAGUAACAUGCAAAACAAGUGGGGUAAGCAAGAAAACCGGACACAUGAAACAAACAAAUUACUUUGGCACAAGUGGCCCUGUGCAAGAAAAGACAGGGGAGUCGUGCAAGCUGAAAAAAGCAGAAAUGAGUGCACAAGACAAAGACUGUUGCAGAGUCAUGCAAACUGUGCAUCAAACCUGCCAAAUCUGUUUCAGGUGUCUGACCUCUGAACAUAAAGGCACAUUAUUGUUGGUAUUAUUAUUGUUGUUAUUAUUAACUUUUAAAAAAGAUACUGCUUUUUUUUUUUUUUCCUCUCGAAUGUGUAAAUAUUUUUAUUUAUGUUGUAAUUUAAUGGGAUUUGUAAAUACUGGUGAUAACUCUUAACUUUAAAAAAAAAAACAACAAAAAAAAAGUUUGAAUUUUGUAAAUGGGUUUCAGCUCUUUAUUUUUUAGAAGAAAUGUGAUCAGCUGUGAUGGGAUGCUGAGAUGUUUAAAGUUCGUGCAAAGGUAUCUUUUAAAAUGAAAUAAAACAGGGUAAUUUUAAAGUGACUUUGUACAGUUUUGCCCUUUACUCUCUUAGUUGUUUUUGAGUCUUUGUGAUGUGGUACGGUGCCUCUUCCUUUUGUGAAACUGAGAAAGUAAUACCUGCAGAUUGUUUUCAGUAAAAGAGCAAGGUGCUUUGUGGAAAAGCAAUCUGUAAAAAAUACCAAACGAACACCACUAUCUGUGUGACUUAGCCAUUCAAUAAAGCAAUUUAAUUUUCUGGUUAAAA